AUGCAGUUCCCUCCUCCCCCUCCUAAGGAGUACCUAGCUGAUGGUACCCCCAAGACUUAUCCACUACAUCAACCAGUAUUCGAUCAUGGUUAUACUUGGGAGCAUUGGUACAUGACCAAUGCAGGAGUAUUCCAUACAGUGUACUAUGGUGAGUUCGCCAAGGACUUCCCGUGGCGAUGGGGAUUCGUUGCCGAGAAGCCUUUCUGGGUUGGUGCUCCUAUCCUAGUUCUUGGUGUACUAUGCUUGGGUCAUAUCAUACAGACUAUGGGACAGAUAGGAGUGAGACCUAAGAGAUAUACUCCUGAAUGGGUAGAGGCUACCAAGGAGAGGGAGAGAGCUGAGAAUACUAAUCCCAUUACCAGGUAUCUGGAUCGUCGCCGUGCUGAGCGUGGUCCCUAUUAUCUCAUGUCUAAUGUACUUCCUUACCAUCCUCAUUUCUUAUGGAUGCGUAACUCACAUGAUUACGAGGCUGCUGAGGCACUAGCUGCUAGACGGGAGAAGGAUAGGGAACUCGCUGCAAAGCUCGAGGCGGAGGGUAAGUAUUAG